CUAGCCCACUUCAAUCAGUCUAGCGAAUUCGGUUAUUUGGCCAAGAGCAGAGCGAAUUCAAACACUUGCGGAAUGUCCUAUUUCUUGCUGCUGCUGUUGACUGCACUUGUUGCCGCCGACUGGCCCGACGGUGGAUGGGAUGACUGCAAACAGCCGCCAGAGUACGGCAGCUGCCACUCCCACGUCCGCAUGUGGUACUACAAUCCCAAGACCAGGAGCUGCAAACCCUUCGACUAUUCGUCCUGCGGCGGCAACUCGAAUCGCUUCUUCACCAAGACCGAGUGCUUCGACCACUGUGCACCGCAGCGCGCACCUAAAUUUAAUAGCUGAUCGAAUUUAAACGACGAAGCAGAGCCAAUGCCCGAGGCCCAAGCGAUUUCCAGGCGACUAAAACUAAGUUUUUGGGUUAAUGCAUAUUCAGAUGUGUGUAUUAAAUAUACAUGCAUAUUAUUAAUAUGUGUAUACACGUAUUUAUCUACACGUAUUGACAGAGUUCAUUAAGCUUCAAGUUUGUCUUACGCGACUAUAACAUACUCUGUACUGAGCUAGAGAUUUACUCAAUUAUUAAUUAAUUAAUGAUUUUUUGGUUUAUUUUUCACUAUUAUUGAACAUUUAUAGUAACUAUUUAU